ACUAUUUUAAACAAAUGAAAACCUGAACAGAUCAGACGUAGCGUAUGCUAGCUAAAUGCUAAGUGUGUUAGCUAGUAGCUAACGAUUAGCUAAUGUGCUAAUCUAGGUUUUAAAGGAAAGGUCCACCCUAAAACGCUUUAAACGUUUAUACCAUGAAACGUUCCUUGUGCGUGUAGAAAACGCUUUGCCCACUUGUUUAUACGCUGUGGAUGUUUUGUUAUUCGGUCGAGAAGAUUCCCGCUCUGACGUCACAGGGGGACAGAAUAACGGCUGACUGUGUGUAGCUCGUGCACACCAAUUAAUCCACUAAUCUGAGUCAUGUCAUCGAUGGGAGGACAUGGAGGAGCUUUGUCCACUAAAGCCGCCGGACCGAAGAGGAUGAAAUGGGCUCUGGAGCUGAGUCUGGCCAACACCAGGACUCGAGGAGACCGGCAGCUGAAGGAUGGAGAAGUUAUGUAUCCUGUGGGCUACUCUGAUAAACCGGUCCCUGACACCAGCGUGCAAGAGGCAGACCGCAACCUCGUGGAGAAGAGAUGCUGGGAUGUAGCCCUUGGACCUCUGAAGCAAAUCCCAAUGAAUCUGUUCAUCAUGUACAUGUCUGGCAACACAAUUUCUAUCUUUCCCAUCAUGAUGGUGUGUAUGAUGGCUUGGAGGCCCAUUCAGGCGCUCAUGUCCAUGUCUGCCACCUUUAAACUGCUGGAAAGUUCGAGUCAGCAGUGGCUCCAGGGGACCGUCUACCUGAUCGGCAACUUGCUGGGCUCAGCGCUGGCCAUCUACAAGUGUCAGUCAAUGGGUCUCCUUCCAACACAUUCGUCUGAUUGGCUCGCCUUUAUCGAACCUCCACAGAGGUUGGAGAUAAUGGGUGGAGGAUUGGUCCUGUGAGCCCUCGGAACCUCUUGUACACAUUUCUACACCCAAACCCUUUGCCUGUUUAACACACGAUUUCAUUAAUUUAUGGCUGUUUAGAAUUCAAUCCUGUCUGUUUUUUUUUUGUUUUUUCCAUACACUUCUGCUACAUAUAAACAAUGUCAUUAUUGUCAUUAAUGUCAAAAAGAGAUUUAAUAAACAUACUAAUUUUGAUUUAAA